ACCAAGUUGUUGUUCCCACUGUGUAUCGUUCACAGGUACUGUCCUUAGCUCAUGAUCACCAUUGGUCAGGACAUAUGGGGGUUACAAAAACUUAUAAUAGAGUCCUUAGACAUUUCUUCUGGCCUGGACUCAAGUCUGAUGUUGUUCGUUACUGUCGUACCUGCCAUGUGUGUCAGGUUUCAGGGAAACCAAAUCAGGUGAUUGCUCCUGCUCCUCUCAACCCGAUUCCAGUGAUGGGUGAGCCAUUUGGGAAAGUAAUUGUUGAUUGUGUUGGACCGUUGCCAAAGACUAAGAGCGGUAAUCAGUUUUUGGUCACAAUUAUGUGCUCUUCCACCAGAUUCCCAGAAGCCAUUCCGCUACGGAAAAUCACAGCUCCGGUUGUCACCAAGGCUCUUGUGAAGUUUUUCACGGUAUUUGGUCUGCCUCGUGAGAUACAAACUGACCAAGGUACCAAUUUCAAGUCCAGAGUCUUUGCUCAGGCCCUGAAGGCCUUAGGAAUUAAGCAUGUUACCUCUAGUGCUUACCAUCCAGAGAGCAAGGGGGCACUAGAGAGAUUCCACCAGACUCUGAAAUCAAUGCUGCGCAAACACUGCCAUGACAGUCAGAAAGAUUGGGAUGAUGGCAUUCCUCUUUUGAUGUUUGCUGCCCGUGAAGCAGUGCAAGAGUCACUUGGCUUCAGUCCUGCACAGUUAGUGUUUGGACAUGAAGUUAGGGGUCCAUUAAAGGUUCUCAAAGAACAGUUGGUGUCUCCAACAGACAAGAUAAAAAGUGUUCCUGAGUAUGUUGCCAUGCUUAAAGUUCGUCUGCAGCGCGCCUGCUCAAUGGCUAAAGAGGCUCUAGAAUCUUCUCAGGUAAAGAUGAAGCAGCACUAUGACCAGAAGGCAGUCGCCCAUUCAUUUCAGCCAGGUGACAAGGUUUUGCUUCUCUUGCCUGUGUCUGGUUCGGCCCUCUCUAUCAAGUUUUCAGGUCCCUAUGUAGUAGAGAAGAAGCUUAGUGAUACAAACUACGUUAUCCAGACACCUGACCGCAGGCGACGGACCCGAGUGUGUCAUGUAAAUAUGAUAAAACUGUAUCAUUCUCGAGAUGAUCAAAGUGAGUCAUCUCCAGUCCAUGAUGUGAAGACUGUUGUUUCACCUGUUGUCUCUUUUGCAGGAGUGAGUAGUGCUGGUGAUGAAGAUGGGUUGGUGAUGCGAAAUGCCACCCCACAGGGGGCAAGGUUGAGCAACUCUGAGGUAUUGUCUAACUUGCCCCAAUACUUAUCUCAUCUCCGUAGUAACCAGCGUAAAGAUAUUGAACAGAUAAUAGGUGAGUUUCCAGGUUUGUUUGGUGAUGUUCCCUCCCGGACUUCUGUUGUCAGUCACGACAUUGUCUUGACCUGCCCUCGGCCGAUAAAGCGAAAUGCUUAUCGGGCAAGUCCAGCAAAAAGGGAGGUGAUGAAAAAGGAGGUUGAUUAUCUUCUUAAGAAUGGAUUUGCAGUGCCAAGUUGUAGUCCAUGGAGCUCCCCUUGUCUCUUAGACAUAAAGUCUGAUGGGAGUCCUAGAUUUUGUAGUGAUUUUCGCAAAGUGAAUGCUGUGACUGUUGCAGAUGCAUAUCCUUUGCCACUUAUGGAUGACUGUAUUGAUGAGAUUGGUCCGGCAAAAUUUGUCACAAAGCUUGACAUGUUAAAGGGGUAUUGGCAAGUCCCUUUAACUCCACGUGCUUCAGAGAUUUCUGCUUUUGUGACCCCUGAUCAUUUCCUUCAGUACACGGUGAUGCCCUUCGGCAUGUGUAAUGCUCCUGCUACCUUUCAGAGACUAGUCAACAAAGUACUUGGAGGUGUCUCAAACUGCAGAGCCUAUUUAGACGACAUUGUUGUUUACACCGAUGAUUGGGAGAGCCACAAGGCCACAUUAAGGGAAGUUUUCUGCCGACUUUCGGCUGCAUCUUUGACCCUUAACCUUGCAAAAUGUGAUUUUGGCAAAGGCACUGUUCUUUAUCUUGGUCAGCAGGUCGGUCAAGGAAGAGUGCGUCCUGCAGAUGCAAAGGUAGCUGCCAUUGCGGCAUUCCCUGUACCCACCACCAGGAGGGAAUUACGGCGUUAUCUGGGGAUGGCCGGGUUCUUUCGUCGGUAUUGUAUGAACUUUUCCACUGUGGCGGCCCCACUGACUACUUUGACCAGUCCAUCCAAGCCCUUUGUUUGGACGGAUGAGUGCCAAAAGUCCUUUGAGAGUCUGAAAGCUCUAUUGUGUUGUGGUCCAGUUUUGUCUGCCCCAAAUUUUUCCUUGCCUUUCAAGGUGGAGGUUGAUGCCAGUGGUGUCGGGGCUGGAGCGGUGCUUCUGCAGGAGGACACCCAGGGUGUUGACCAUCCCGUGAGUUAUUUUUCUCGCAAAUUCAAUAAGCAUCAGCUUAAGUAUUCCACUAUUGAGAAGGAGGCCCUCGCUUUGUUGUUGGCUUUGCAACAUUUUGAGGUCUAUCUUGCAUCCAGUGUUGAACCCAUUAGAGUCUACACAGAUCAUAAUCCUUUGGUGUUCCUCUCAAGGAUGUACAAUCACAACCAGCGUUUAAUGCGUUGGUCGCUGAUGGUUCAAGGGUUCAACCUAGAGAUAGUACAUAAAAAAGGGUCUGAAAAUGUGGUAGCUGAUGCAUUAUCACGUAGUUAGCAGGUUUGUAGUAUAGCAUUGUGUGUAUAUAAUUCCAGCCAUUGUUGGAAUCUUAUGGGUGGAGGUGUUACGUGCCUGCAGGGCCAGACAGGCCUGCAGAGCUUUUCUCCUGUGUUGUUCUGCCCCUCCUCCUUGUCUUGCAGAGGCUUCCAGGAUCCAGAGUUAAUGGAGGUGAUUGGAGUCCACCUGUGCAGACCUUUUGUUUGUUGUGUUUAAAGAAGACAGAUUUAGUUAGGCCUAAUUUUGGUUUGUUAAUUUUGAUUAUUUGGCACAACUAUAUUGUCCCUACCUCCACCACAUUUGUGAACCUCCAAUUGUCCUUUAAUAAACUGUUAAAUUCUGAA